AUGGCGUCCUCGGCAGCUUUUCGAUCGCUCGCACGGCGGUCGGCGCUCCUGCCGUCCGCGAUCCGGCCCUCCCUUGUCCCCGCCGCCCAGAUUCGCCUCCACUCCUCCAAGCACCCCAAAAACUUUGAAGCGCCGACGUCCGAGGACCUCUCCGAGCUUCGCGACCGAGUCCAAGACUUUACGAGGCGCGAGAUCACGGAGGAAAAGCUGGGCGACGCCGGCCUCCUGGGCAUCACGGCCGACGAGGACGUGGGCGGCCUGGCGCUGGGGUACCAGGCGCACUGUAUCGUCAUGGAGGAGCUGUCCCGCGCGUCGGGCUCCAUCGCGCUCAGCUACGCGGCGCACUCGCAGCUCUGCUACCUCCCGGACCUGAUUGCCGGCACGAGCGUCGGCGCGCUCGCCAUGUCGGAGUCGGGCGCGGGCAGCGACGUUGUGAGCAUGCGGACGACGGCGAAGGAGGUGGAGGGCGGAUACGUCAUCAACGGCCCCAAGAUGUGGAUCACCAACGGGCCGGACGCCAACGUUAUUGUCGUGUACGCAAAGACGGAACCGGACAAGGGCUCCAAGGGCAUCACGGCGUUCAUCGUGCAGACGGACUACAAGGGCUUCAGCUGCGCGCGGAAGCUCGACAAGAUGGGCAUGCGGGGCAGCAACACGGGCGAGCUCAACUUUGACAACGUCUUCGUGCCCAAGGAGAACGUGCUCGGCAAGGUCAACGGGGGUGUCCGCGUGCUCAUGGAAGGCCUCGACCUGGAGCGGUUGGUCCUCAGCGCGGGGCCUCUCGGCCUCAUGCAGGCGAGCUUGGACGUCGCUCUGCCCUUUUCCCACCAGCGCAAGCAGUUUGGCACGCCCAUCGCACACAAUCAGUUCCUUCAGGGCAAGUUGGCGGACAUGUACACCAAAUACCAAGCAUCGAAGGCCUACACAUACACGACGGCCAGGGUGGUUGACGAAGAGGGCUUGAUCAAGACGCAGGACUGCGCCGGCGCCAUAUUAUACGCCGCGGAAAGGGCGACCGAGUGUGCUCUGGACUGCAUUCAGGUGUUGGGCGGAAUGGGAUACACAGAGGAGAUGCCGGCCUCGAGGAUCCUACGAGAUGCGAAGCUCUACGAGAUUGGAGCAGGAACAUCAGAGAUAAGGCGGAUGGUCAUCGGAAGGGCGUUCAACAAGGAGUAUGCGCAUUUCUCUACAUAA